AUGGGUGAGCGAACCUGCUACGGAGCCGAGCCGUCCCCUGGCCCCAUCCCCAGGAAAUGCCAGGAGCAAGAAGACUCAAUUCUUCUGCUCCUGGUCAGCUUGAUCUUCCUCAUCGUGUGGAUCAACGUAGUGACUAUGCUCUGGAGGCAUCUGAAGAGAUUCUUGCGGGCACUUUUCAAUAAUAUUUUCCCCAAAGACAAGCAAGCCAGCUGUGUAGGCAGCCAUCGCAUGCGCAGGCGCUGCUCCGUGGAUCCCAAGAACCUGCGCUCAAGAGUUUCUGCCCGCUUCCGCCAUCGCCCAAGCUUCCUGCUCGGGCACCCAAACCACCUUGACUCCCGGAUACGAUACACAAAAGAUGAGAAGGCUUCUAAGUGCCGCUGGACGCCGCCUCAGUGUGGACGGGCUGGGGCUUCCACGGAGGCUCCACGGAGACUGCGGAAGAAGCGGGUAGUGGGAGCUGGGGAGGCCCCUCCGGUCACAGCCUUAAAGUCCCAAGCCAACUUUUACUCCGGACCUUCUCCUCAGCCCACCCCACUGAGCACACCCCCCACUUCCGAGACCUGCUCCCGAGGCCACGCCCAUGAGCACACUUCCGCCCGGGCCCAGGCCUUCUCCCUAGUGCACCCCACUGGGAACACUCCUGCCAAAGCCCAGAACUUCUCCUCCACCCACCCCUCUGAGCACGCCCCACCUCAGGCCCAGACUUGCUCCACAUUCCACUCCCCUGAGCACACCACCCCCCAGGCCCAGAACCCCUCCCCAGCCCUCACCCCUGAGCACAGCCCUGCCCAGGUCCAUGGCCCUGAGCAUACCUCAGCCCAUACCCCAGCCCAGGCCCAAGCCCAGGCCCCCUCACAUGCCUCAGCCCAGUCCCUGGGCCACACCUCUGUCUGCACCCUGACCCAUGCUCAUCUGACCUAUACCCAUGCCAACACUCUGGUCCUUCCCCCAACUUCUGCACCAGUCCCUCCGCCAACUUCUGCCCCUGCUACUACCCCUGCCCUAGCCCCUACACCAGCCCCUGUCCCGAUCUCUGCCACAGCCUCUGUCCCAGCACUGGUCAUGGCCCUGACGACCACUCCAGUCCCUUCCACCACCCCUACCCCCAUCCUAGAUUCUACUCCCUCUACCUUGUCUGCCUUCAGCCAAGGCCUCUCCUCCGGCCGUGUGGUCUACGAUGACCGCAGGGUAAAGCAGAACUUAUUCCAUGUGUGUCCCCCUCAGAACUCUGGGUAUUCCAGAAAGGACUUGGGUACCCUCUCCAGGCCCCAAGAGGGGCAUGGUCUGGUGAGCUCUGGUACAGCUGAACAAACACUCAAGCAAUGUAGUGGGGACAGUGCUAAGCCCUCCACAGCAUCCAUACUGGGUUACCUGGAGUUGGGGAAUAUGGAAUGGAAGAUCUCAAAUGAUGCCAAAGACAACUUUGUACAGUCCAAGACCUUCCCUUACUGCAGCUUCCUUCCUUGCAGGUCUGAGAAGAGAAACACGGACCCCCAGACUCCAGUCUACCCCAAAUCCCUGUACUCCAAGGAUGCUGUACCUUCUCAACCUUGCUUCCAUUCUCCAAACAGUGCCCAGAGCUCACCAUGCACCAUGCCUCCACCAUGCACUCUUUAUCUACCUCUUGUUUCUCCCAGAUCCUGGGUCCUUCAUCAACACAGCAACCACCAGAAGCCCUCCACCUUAAUACAACCCCCCACCUUUCCCCCAACCUCCAAGUCUUCUCAGUCUGUCCUCUCUUCCCAGGGCCCCAUCCCUCCCCAGUUAUCCACUACUUCUCAAACCCCAAGCCAGGCCCAACCCCCUGAACUUUAUGAGACUCUAGGCCUCAACCAAGGCUCUGUCCUCCCAAGGACCCCAGGCCCUUCCAAAGUCUGCAGAGUUUCCAGAAACCCAGGCCUUACCACAAACCCAGGCGCCCACAAGAGUCCAGGCCUUAUCCAAGACCCAGGCCUCCCCAAGAACACAGGCCUUGCUCAAGAUCCAGGCCUCCACAAGCUUCCUGGCCCCCAUAAGGGUCCAGCCCUUACUCAGUACUCUGGCUUAUCCCAGAGAUCAGGCCUCCAUAACAACUCAUGCCUUAUCCCAAAUCCUGACUUCCACAAGGAUGCAGGGCAGCACAUACCAUGGACUUCUAUCCCACCCAGUCAGAACUCCUGCUCUCCCGAGGCUCAGGUGGCCUACAAUGACCUGCUCACCUGCUCAGAGGUACCUGUGCUGAUUGUGCUGCAAUCACCCUCCCAGCGAGUAGGCGGCCAAGAACGGGUGUACCACCCCAUGGAUACAGUUCCUCCAGCCUGCCAGAACCAUCGCCAGAUGUCUACGCCUCCCAAAACCAGCUGGAAGCCCUACUGUCCUGGGUCAGGCACCCGGCUCGGGCAUGUGGUCUUUGACGCCCGCCAGAGACAGUUCAGAGCAGGCAGGGACAAGUGAGAAGCUCUGUCUCCCAGGCGCCUUCACCGAGAGACCUCCAACAACUCACCUGAGACCAUCAAGGAGUGGGGAUAUCAGUGUGUGAUGAGCAACUUAGCAAAAGAGGGGACAGAUAUGCAUGAGGAAUAAAGAGAC